GGCGCCAGCCCGCUGUAGGCAUUCCGGGCAGUGUCUUCUGCAUCUCCUAAGAACCUCGGGAGCUGCAGGUCCGGCGCCUGGUAGCGAGAGGCGGGUUCCGGAGAUCCCGGCCCCACUUCGUCCCACUGUGGUUAGGGGUGAGUCCUGCAAAUGUUCAGUGAUUUGCUCAAGGUGCCCAUUUCGCAGGGAUUGGAGCCCAGGCCAGUUCUCUGAGCCUAUCAUUAGGGCUAAAGGAGUGCAUGAUCAGAAUGGCAUCGGGAUGGUUCUACCUGUCCUGCCUGCUGCUGGGGUCCCUGGGCUCCAUGUGCAUCCUCUUCACUAUCUACUGGAUGCAGUACUGGCGUGGUGGCUUUGCCUGGAAUGGCAGUAUCUACAUGUUCAACUGGCACCCGGUGCUUAUGGUUGCUGGCAUGGUGGUAUUCUACGGAGGUGCGUCACUGGUGUACCGCCUGCCCCAGUCGUGGGUGGGGCCCAAACUGCCCUGGAAACUCCUCCAUGCAGCGCUGCACCUGAUGGCCUUCAUCCUCACUGUUGUGGGGCUGGUUGCUGUCUUUACGUUUCACAACCAUGGAAAGAUUGCCAACCUGUACUCCCUGCACAGCUGGCUGGGCAUCACUGCUGUCUUCCUCUUCGCCUGCCAGUGGUGCCUGGGCUUUGCUGUCUUCCUCCUGCCCUGGGCGUCCAUGUGGCUGCGCAGCCUCCUGAAACCCAUCCACGUCUUUUUUGGAGCCGCCAUCCUCUCUCUGUCCAUCGCAUCCGUCAUUUCCGGCAUUAACGAGAAGCUUUUCUUCAGUUUGAAAAACACCACCAGGCCAUACAACAGCCUGCCCAGUGAGGCGGUCUUUGCCAACAGCACCGGGAUGCUGGUGGCGGCCUUCGGGCUGCUGGUGCUCUACAUCCUUCUGGCUUCAUCUUGGAAGCGCCCAGAGCCAGGGAUCUUGACCGACAGACAGCCCCUGCUGCAUGAUGGGGAGUGAAGCAGCAGGAAGGGGCUCCCAGGAGCUCCUGGUGGUGCAGCCUGUGUUCUUCAGAAGCUCUGCUCUUCCCAGGGCUCCCAGCUGGUUUCAGCAGGCAACUUUCUUCGAAGGCUGGGCCCAGACUUCUUGCCUGGGUACUGGGCCUGCCUUCUCCAGCCGCUUGCUGUCUGUCUGCUUUUCUUGGUGGCUUUGGCUUCUGCUUCUCCUUGGCAUCAGCCUCUCAGGUCCUCCAUUCACACGAGGUCCUCCUUGCUCUGGCCACUCUUGCUGCUCCUGUCUGAAGAAGUCAGACUGAUUUCCUCUUAAGACUCCUAGGGAUGUGGUGAAGAGCUGGGACUCAAGUGCAGUCCAUGAUGUGAACCAUGAGGGAGGUGAGGUGUCCGUCCGCUUCCCCCAUAAAGGCGUGCAUUUCAGUUAGGCUGCCCCGCCACAGAGCAGGCUUCAUCUGCCAUCCAACCCCGUCUGGAUGUGAGGUGGGGUGGAGACAUCAUGGGGUGAUUGCAGAAGCGGGGAGUGGUGGCCCACACAGCUUCUGCUGAGGAGCUGACUGCUCUGAGCUGUUCUGUUUCGUAUUGCUGCUCUGUGUCUGCGUGUAUUGUGACCGUGCGGCUCCACCUCUUCCAGCUGCUGCUACAGCUGAGGCCUGGAUCCCGGCCUUUCCCUGUGACUUACAUGCCUGUCACCGGCAGGCAGCCCUACGAAUCCUGGUAACCUGCUCUCCCAAGAACAGAGCCUGUCCCCAGAUGUCCUAGUAGCCAUGAGUAACAGGUGGCUGUAGACUUCCUUUACUUCCCCUUGCUGGAUCAGGACCUUCCUGUCUCCUGCUGGGCACAUCUGGCCUUGCUCUCUUGGCAGGGCCCCAGCCCCUCUGAUCACUGCAGCUUACCAUGCAUGCAACUGAUGCCAAAGUUGUGGUGUCCUGUGUGCAGCAGCCCUGGGAGCCACUGCCACCUUCAGAGGGGUUCCUUGCUGAGACCCACAUUGCUUCACCUGCCCCCACCAUGGCUGCUUGCCUAGCCCAACCCAGUGUUCUGUGCCAGAGCUUGAGCUAUUGUUCUUCUUCAGAGGAGGACAUACGGUGGGGAGGGGGAAGGGUCUUGCUCCUCUCCUAAGUGUUGCUGCUGUGGCUUUUUUGCCUUCUCCAAAGACGCACUGCCAGGUCCCAAGCUCCAGACUGCUGUGCUUAGUAGGCAAGUGAGAAGCCUGGGGUUUGGAGCCCACCUACUCUCUGGCAGCAUUAGCAUCCUACUCCUGGCAACAUCAGGCCAACCGUCCGCCCCAGCCUCACAUUGCCAGAUGUUGGCAGAAGGGCUAAUAUUGAACAUCUUGACUGGCUGGAGCCUUCAAAGCCACUGGGAUGUCCUCCAGGCACCUAGGCCCCAUGACCAGCUCCCUGUCGCCAUAGGGGUAGGCAUUUCACUGGUUUACGAAGCCCGAGUUUCAUUAAAUAUGUUAAGAAUCAAA